CCACAGCAAGGUUACAUGCGACUGGACUUAAUGGAUGAAGUUCGACAACACACGUUGUCCUGUUUUUGGAAUUAAUAUUGAAUUCCCCCGGUAACCAUGCGGCGUAGUAAGGCCGAUGUGGAUCGCUACAUUUCUUCAGUACAAAGCUCCUCUCCUUCAGUGAAAGAGAAACCCUUGAAAGGCUUCUUGUUUGCAAAAUUGUACUUCGAAGCAAAAGAGUAUGAGCUUGCAAAGAGACAUGUAUCAGCCUAUUUAUCAGUCCAGGAGAGGGAUCCUAAAGCGCACAAAUUCCUUGGUCAGCUCUAUGAACUCGAUGGUGAUGUCAACAAAGCUGUGGGCUGCUAUAAGCGCUCAGUCGAUCUUAACCCAGCUCAGCGAGAUCUUGUGCUUAAAGUGGCAGAGCUGUUGUGCAAUAAGGAUGAACAAGACAGCCGAGCAGAGUUUUGGGUUGAAAAGGCAUCCAAGCUUAUGCCUGGCAGCCCUGCUGUUUUUAAGCUAAAGGAGAAGCUGCUGAGCAGACGAGGACAGCAGGGCUGGAACCAGCUGUUUGAUCUCUUGCAGUCGGAGCUACAGCUGCGUCCAGGAGAUGCUCACGUGAACGUAAAACUCGUCGAGUUGUACUGCUCCGACGGAAGAUUGGAGGAAGCCGUCAAGCAUUGCUUGUCUGUCGAGAAGGCAGGAGUCCUUUGUAACAGCUUGGACUGGUACACCACUGUUGUGUGCACGCUGCAGGACUACCUAAGCCAACCGAGUGCGUCCAUAAAUGACAAGUCUUGCCGCAAGUAUCAGAAGGAGCUUCUCCUGGCCCACUGUAAUCAGUUGAGAUGUACACUUCCCGAGAAGGGAGUUGCACAGUGCGCAGAAGCCUUGCAGAAUUUUGAUCAUGCAAUGCAGUCUCUGAAGAACACUGCCCCCAACACUACGGAUGAGCUUGCAGAGAUGUUCACUGAGCUGAAGGGUCACUUGUACCUUUAUGCUGGGACGUUGUUAUUGAAGAUGGCCCUUGAACGCGAACAACAGUGGAGAGCUGUCGUGGACUUGGCUGCCCUCUGUUACCUUUUGGCGUACCAGGUUCCCAGACCAAAGAUAAAGAGUUCUAAAGGUGACCACCCCCCUCAGCACCCACUGGAACUUCUAGCUUGUGACCGCCAGAGCCAGGCUGGCCACAUGCUGCUGAACCUGAGUCAGGAUGUUGACCAGCUUGUGAAGGAUGUGGUUGAAGCGUUUGGAAACAGGAGUGGCCAGGGCACCCUUUUUGACAUGCUGUUUGGCGCUGAUGCCCCAGCUUCUCUGUCCUUCAUCGGCAAUGACGACAUCCGUUCCAUCAGUGCCCAAGCUCCUGAGAUUGCCGAUCUCAUCAAGGCUGAUAAUGGUUCAAUUCUGUUAUGCGGAGGAGACUUGCAGCGUCUCACCUGGCUGGGCUUGCAGUGGUCUUUCAUGGCUCAAAGACCGGCUCUUCGAGAAUGGCUGAAGCAGCUUUUUCCUCGCCUCAACCUUGAAACCUCCAAGUUGGAUACAAACACACCAGAGUCCAUCUGUCUGCUUGACUUGGAGGUCUUUCUGUGUGGAGUGGUGUUCACGAGUCACACUCAACUUCUAGAGACGGCCAAGAUCGCUGCCAGCUCACAGCUGCAUGAGCCCAGAUGCUUGCCCCUGCAGGUCAUGAAGCUUUUGUCCACAACCAGACAAAGAGAGUGGUGGGAUGCCGUGUACACGCUCAUCCAUAAAAAGGCCCAACCUGGAACAUCAGCAAAGCUGCGAAUGGUCGUUCAACACGGAUUAAGCACUCUUCGAGCUGGGGAGAAACAUGGUUUGCAGCCAGCACUGCUUGUACACUGGGCCCAACACCUCAGCGAAACGGGUGUUGGUGUGAACUCUUACUAUGACCAGAAAGACUACACUGGCCGUAGCGUGCACUACUGGAAAGUGGCGCUCACUCUCCUGGAAAAGAUUAAAAAACGAAGAGGCAUCCCUGAACCUCUCGAUCCACUGUUCUUGCAUUUUCCCAGUAGAGACAUACAGGUUUCGGAGGUCAAAGGCUACGAAGAAGAAGCCAUGAUUGCCUUUGCUACCUUUCUAGAUAUUGAGGGCAAAACCGAAGAGGCAAUUGCCACUCUUGAGGGUAUUAAUACCAUCUCCUCUAAUUGGCAACUUGCAAGGAUAUUUCAGAGACUUUCAGAGGAAGCUGGUAAUGGCGUUGAGGAAACACAAGAUCGGUGUAUGACAUUCCUGAAGAAGUUCCGGAAGCAUCUGAUGAAAAUUUACAAUGCCAACGCAACUGAAGUCGACAAGCUUCCAGUGUCAAUGGAGGAAGUUAUGGACCUGCUAGAAGAAGUGAAUCAACAGCUGGGUGAAAAUGGCGAUGUCAUGGAUGAGGACGAAAGCCGUCCCUUCCACUCGAGCCCACACCAACUCUCAGAACCAGCCGCUGCAAGCUCACAGAUAAAAUUCUCUCCGUCACCAUCCAAGAAUAUAUCUUCUCCUUCCAGGAGAACCAUGUUCUCUCCCAAGACACCACCACAUUGGGCAGAGGACCAGAAAUCUCUUCUUCAAAUGCUGUGUCAGACAGUUGAAGCACUAAAAAAUGAAGUUCAUGACUUGAGACUCAACUCCUCUGAUACAGCCGCCUCCCCACAUCACAGGGUUUAUGGCGAAGGAUAUAAUUCUGAAACCCUACAAGAGUCUUUUCCAGCUGCACAAACAUUCCAUGGUGCCCCUCUUACUGUAGCCACCACAGCUCCCAAUGUGUACUACAAUCAGUCUCCUGCUUACAACACGCAGUUUCUUCUGCGUCCUGCUGCAAACGUUACACCAACAAAGGCACCAGUGUAUGGAAUCAACCGUCUACCACCUCAGCAACAUAUGUAUGCCUAUCAACCGCCCACACAUACUCCACCAUUGCAGACAACACCAGCAUGUGUUUAUCCUCAAGACUUUGGGGCACCACUUCGCUUUGAGUCACCAGCAACAAGUUUACUCUCCCCAUACAGUGAAGAAUACUACAACCACAGUGUUCCUCCCCCUACAACCAAUCCACCUCUGCCAGAGCCUGGAUACUUCACCAAACCAUCUGUUGUCCCUGCAAAGACUAGUGAGGGGAAAACUUUGGACUUUGGAAAGAUAAACUUUGGUCAGCCUGCUGAUCCCUCCAAAGUGCCGGCCUUUGGCACCCAGUCAGCAUCUACAGCAACACCUGCUGCCUUCAAAUUCAAUUCUAAUUUUAAAUCUAAUGAUGGUGACUUUACAUUCUCAUCUGGUCAGGUGAAAAACAGCGAGAGUCUCCUGGGACUUUUGACAGCAGACAUGCCUAGGAAUGAUGGACAAUCAGAAUCAAAACCCACAACUCAAGACCAGACACAGAGUCAAAGUGGGGUGUUUACGUUUGGCAGUCAAAGUGCUGCUGGGUUUUCUUUUGCUGAUGCUGCUGCACAAAACAAGACCGGAUUUUUUGGCAAACCAGAACAAACGUUUGGCUUCCCAGAGCUGGGCAAGUCCGUCACUGUGGAGCAAGAGGACAAAGCCGGAGAGAGUGAUAAUGAUAGCACACAUGUUGAAGAGGAUGAGGAUGGACCACAUUUUGAGCCUAUUGUACCUUUACCUGACAAAGUAGAUGUUAAAACUGGCGAAGAAGAGGAAGAGGAAAUGUUCUGCAACAGGGCUAAGCUAUUCCGAUUUGACACCGAGGCAAAGGAAUGGAAAGAGAGAGGAAUUGGAAGCCUCAAAAUUUUGAAGCACAAAACAUCAGGCAAAGUACGUUUGCUAAUGAGAAGGGAGCAGGUCCUUAAGAUCUGCGCCAACCAUUACAUCACUGCUGACAUGGUUUUAAAACCAAAUGCUGGAUCUGAUAAGUCCUGGGUUUGGUAUGCUAUGGACUAUGCUGAUGAAAUGCCAAGGACUGAACAGCUUGCAAUCCGUUUCAAAACAUCAGAUGAGGCUGCCCUCUUCAAGGUCAAAUUUGAGGAGGCACAAAAAGUCUUACCAAAAUCACCACAAAAACAAGAUCAGCCUGACGGAAGCAAAGUAGAGGAAAUGGCACCAGCAAAAAGACCCGAUCUCAAAGCCCAGUUUGCUAAAAAAGACGGUGAAUGGGAUUGUGAUGUGUGCUGUGUUCGGAAUGCCUCUGCAGCUAAGCAUUGUGUUGCCUGUCAGACUCCUAACCCUAAUUGUGCAAAAACUGAGGAACCAUCUGAAGAACCAAAAGGAUUUCCUCCAGUUAGCACAUCAGCGGGAGGGUUUACCUUUGGCAUUACUGGAGAGGCUGCAAAAGACACUAGCACUUUAUCAAAAGGAUUCUCCUCCUUUGGGUCACAGAUACCAGUUUCUUUUAAGUUUGGAACCAGCUCCUCAUCGACGUCAGCAUCCAUAAGUGAUCCUUCUAUGGCCACAUCAACUACUUCAUUUGGGACUGAUUUUGGCGCUAACACAACAAACAAAACUACAGCAGAUGCCUCAACAAAGUCUUCAUUUUCCUUUGGAACUGGAUUUGGUGCACAGUUUGCUAGGAAGGAAGGAGAAUGGGACUGUCCUACUUGUUGUGUAAGAAAUGCAGCCUCCUCAAGCAGCUGUGCUUCAUGUCAAACUCAGAACCCAUCAUGCAAAGUUGACGAAGGACCACCGAAAGCCUCCUCAUUUGGAUUUGGCACUGGAUUUGGUGCUCAGUUUGCUAAGAAGGAAGGGGAAUGGGACUGCCCUACUUGUUGUGUAAGGAAUCCGGUCUCUGCAAGCAGCUGUGCUUCAUGUCAAACUCAGAACCCAUCAUGCAAAGUUGACGAAGGACCACCGAAAGCCUCCUCAUUUGGAUUUGGCACUGGAUUUGGUGCUCAGUUUGCUAAGAAGGAAGGGGAAUGGGACUGCCCUACUUGCUGUGUAAGGAAUCCGGUCUCUGCCAGCAGCUGUGCUUCAUGUCAAACUCAGAACCCAUCAUGCAAAGUUGACGAAGGACCACCGAAAGCCUCCUCAUUUGGAUUUGGCACUGGAUUUGGUGCUCAGUUUGCUAAGAAGGAAGGGGAAUGGGACUGCCCUACUUGUUGUGUAAGGAAUCCGGUCUCUGCAAGCAGCUGUGCUUCAUGUCAAACUCAGAACCCAUCAUGCAAAGUUGAAGAAGGACCACCAAAAGCCUCCUCAUUUGGAUUUGGCACUGGAUUUGGUGCUCAGUUUGCUAAGAAGGAAGGAGAAUGGGACUGCCCUACUUGCUGUGUAAGAAAUCUGGCCUCUUCACGUAGUUGUGCUUCAUGUCAAACUCCGAACCCAUCAAGCAAAUGUGAUGAAGGAGCAUCAAAAGCCUCCUCCACUGUUUCAGGUUUUGGCUCCCAAUUUGUCAAGAAGGACGGACAGUGGGACUGUGACCAGUGUCUUGUCAGAAAUGAGCCAACGGCUUCAAAGUGCGUCUCCUGUCAAGCCCCUAAUCCUGUUCAGCCAUCUCAAGGUGGAUUAGCAGUUAUGUUUGGGAAGAAAGAUGGACAGUGGGACUGUGAUACCUGCUUGGUAAGAAAUGACGGCUCCGCCAGCCAGUGUGUCUCCUGCCAGACACCCAAUCCUAGUGCAAAACACUCAACUACUUCGGGACCUUCAAGCUCUUCCCUCGGCUUUAAUCCUGGCGUUCCAACCAAAUUCGGCCAACCCACUGGUACAGGCUUUACAGGCAGGAGUCCCUUCCAAUUUGGUCCGAGUAAAGAGUCAAGCACCCCCAGCAGUGCAGGUUUCUCCUUUUCAAUCCCAACUGGUGGCUUUAAGUUUGGCAGCCAGGAGCCUGCAAAUGAAACGAAAGCCACUGAGAGUGACCCUGCUUCUGUUGGCUCUGCAUCAAUGUUUCUGAAAAACAUUGCUGAACAGCAUAGGGAGAAAGAAGAGAUUGCCACAUCCACAUUGACAUCUUCUGUUGAGAAAUCUGAACUAGAUGAUAACCCCCUUUUCCAUCCCAAGCCCAACUCAUUCAGCUUUGCAGACCUGGCAAAAUCUAAAGAAGGCUUCCAGUUUGGCCAAGAAGAUCCCAGUUUCAAAGGGUUUAAGGGAGCAGGUGAACAACUUUUCACUGUCCCUCAGUCAAACCAGAAAGAAGAUGCCCCGGUAGAUCAAGAUGAUGAGGAUAUGUAUAAGACUGAUGAAAAUGAUGACAUUCAGUUUGAGCCAGUGGUGCAAAUGCCUGACAAAGUAGAACUCGUCACUGGUGAAGAGGAUGAGGAGGUUCUUUAUUGUCAGCGUGUGAAACUCUUCAGAUUUGACAAUGAAUUAAGUCAGUGGAAAGAGAGAGGAGUUGGCAACCUUAAGCUUCUGAGGAACUCUGUGAAUGGAAGGUUGAGGGUUCUUAUGAGGAGAGAGCAAGUCUUGAAGGUUUGUGCAAAUCACUGGAUCACUACAACAAUGAAUCUAAAGCCUCUCGCUGGAUCAGACCGUGCUUGGAUGUGGCUUGCGAAUGACUUUGCUGAUGGAGAUGCGAAGUUGGAGCAGCUCGCUGCCAAAUUCAAAACACCAGAGCUGUCUGAAGACUUCAAAUUAAAGUUUGAUGACUGUCAAAAGCUUCUGUUGAACAUUCCUCUUCAGACACCCCAUAAACUGGUUGAUACCGGCAGAACAGCACAUCUGAUUCAGAAAGCAGAAGAAAUGAAAUCUGGCCUUAAAGACCUUAAAUCUUUCUUGACUGAUGACAAAAAGAUCAAAGAUGAUGAGUGUAAAGAUGUUACAUCAACUAGUAACGCAUCUGGGCUGUUCAGCAAACCUCAUGCUGAAACUACUGGUCCCACUUUGGAAUGGGAUAAUUAUGAUUUACGAGAAGAAGCUCUUGAUGACACAGCAGACACAUCUGUUUAUGCCUCCCCAUUAGCUAGCAGUCCUAUUCGUAAGAAUUUGUUCCGCUUUGGGGAAUCCACUGAUGGGUUUAAUUUCAGCUUCCAACCUGUUCUUAGUCCUGCAAAGUCACCAGCCAAAGUAAAUCAGAGCAGAGUGUCUGUUGGGACAGAUGACGAGCAAGACACUACUCAAGAGGAGGAGCGGGAUGGUCAGUACUUUGAGCCUGUUGUGCCGUUACCUGACCUUGUGGAGAUAUCAACUGGGGAAGAAAAUGAGCUAGUGGUUUUCAGCCACCGGGCCAAAUUGUACCGCUAUGACAAAGACCUGAACCAGUGGAAGGAGCGUGGUAUUGGAGACCUUAAAAUUCUACAGAAUUAUGACACCAAACGAGUAAGGCUUAUCAUGAGACGGGAUCAAGUUCUGAAACUGUGUGCAAACCAUUGGAUAACUAGCAUAAUGAACCUCGAGCCAAUGAAGGGUGCUGAUGAAAAGGCUUGGAUUUGGAGUGCUUUCGAUUUUACUGAAGGAGAAGGCAAAGUGGAGCAGUUGGCAGUACGGUUCAAGCUACAAGACACUGCUAAAGCUUUCAAAGAAAUAUUUGAUGAAGCAAAGGUUGCUCAGGAAAAAGACAUCCUUGUCACACCAGCAUCCUCAAGGGAAGGUCCAUCACAAGAGACUAUAUGUGGUAAAGCUGCUAUAGCGGUUCUUGAAGAGACCACACGUGAACGCACUGACUUGUCUCCUGAGACAUUCCAUACACCAGAAAACAAAACUGCCACUUCACCCAGUCCUACGGGUGUCUCCAAAACUGUGGUUUCUCCACCUAAAUUUGUCUUUGGCACAGAUUCAGUCCAGAAAAUAUUUGGGAGUCCCCCUGCCAAAGAUGCAUCACCCACGCAACCCAAAGAAAAAGCUCCAGGCACAUCAGCCUCCAGCCAGCCAGCCAUACCUGCAUUCAAGGUUCCAGAGGGAGCCAUCUCAAAUGCUAGUACCAGCGUGGCGGAUGACCAGACAGACCCUGAGGAACUUGAGAUUUUGUAUGUGCGGGAGCCCACGGGGGAGCAGGCAGAGCUUGCCCGACAGUUGAUGCUUCCCCUCACAUUCUUCUGUUACAAGAAUGAGCCAGGGUACAUCAGUGACGACGAUGAGUACGAAGAUUUUGAUACUGCUGUGAGAAACCUCAACGGAAAGUUGUAUCCUGAUGAACUGGAAGAACGAUCUGGUGCGGCAAGAGGUGAUGGUACAUCCCAGGAUGUCAGAGAUCCUGAGUGCACGAUAAUCUGGGAGAAGAAACCAACACCAGAGGAAGAAAGGAAAGCCAAGAGUCUACAGCUUCCCGCAACCUUCUUCUGUGGAGUGGGCAGUGACUCGGACACUGAGAGGGAUAAGGCUGAAGACUACGAAACAGAGGUCCGGAAAGUGCAAGAAGCUCUAGGUGAGCAGAACACUGAAGAUGCUGGGUCCUCUGAGGCCACAGGAUCAAGCACAAGUGAGGUCAAGACGGUGCCAGAACCUUCAUCUAUACCAGAACCCUCAUCCAUGCCAGAACCUUCAUCCACGCCAGAAUCUUCAUCCAUGCCAGAACCUUCAUCUGAAGAACCAGCUGAUGGCUCUAGCAGUGGUGCUAGCUGUCCCAUUGACCUUUCUACGAAAAAAAGCACAGAAUUUCAAUCUAGUGCAAUUCAAGAUCCUCCAAAUGCAUUUGGAUUUGCCGCUGACUCAACGGGAGGAUUCUCAUUUGCCGAUUUGGCUAAGAGCUCUGAUGAGUUUGCUUUUGGCUCAAAAGAUACCGAAUUCUCUUGGGCAAAUGCUGGGGCCUCAGUGUUUGGCACAGUUGCAAAACCAGAGUCCAAAAAUGAUGGGGAGGGAAGUGAUGAUGAUGAUGAGACAUCAAACAAUGUAGACAUCCACUUUGAGCCAAUCGUGUCAUUGCCAGAGGUUGAGGUCAAGUCUGGUGAAGAAGAUGAAGAGAUCUUGUUUAAAGAGCGCACCAAGUUGUAUCGCUGGGAUCGCGACUUGAACCAGUGGAAAGAACGAGGGGUGGGUGACAUCAAAAUUCUGUUCCACCCGGUAAAAAAGCACUACCGCGUGAUCAUGAGAAGAGAGCAAGUGUUGAAGGUGUGUGCCAACCACACCAUCACAGAAUUUAUAGAGCUGAAGCCUAUGAACACCUCUGCCAAUGCCUUGGUUUGGACAGCCACAGACUAUGCAGAGGGAGACGGUAAAGUUGAGCAACUUGCUGCCAAGUUCAAGACUCCAGAGCUCGCUGAAUCCUUCAGGAAAACAUUCACAGACUGUCAGGCUCGCAUGUCCCAGGUAGAUGACUCCUCCCAGUUGUCCAAAGCCCAGGAGCAUUCAAAGGAGAGCAAUCCACUGGUGUACUUCACCAUUGCUGUUGACGACCAGCCUAUUGGAAAGGUUACCAUGGAGCUGUUCUCUCACAUUGUUCCGAAAACUGCAGAGAACUUCAGGGCCCUGUGCACUGGGGAGAAAGGCUUUGGAUUCUGCAACUCAAUUUUCCAUAGAGUUGUCCCAGACUUCAUGUGUCAGGGCGGCGAUAUUACCAAUCAGGAUGGCACGGGAGGACGAUCCAUUUAUGGUGGCAAGUUUGAGGAUGAGAAUUUUGAUGUCAGGCACACUGGGCCAGGCCUGUUAUCCAUGGCAAAUCGAGGACGGGACACCAACAAUUCCCAGUUUUUCAUCACCCUGAAGAAAGCAGAGCACUUGGAUUUCAAGCAUGUUGCAUUUGGCUUUGUGAAAGAUGGCAUGGACAUUGUGAAACAGAUGGGAGAACUUGGCACGAAGACGGGGAAGCCCAGCAAAAAAAUUAUGAUUACCGAUUGUGGACAAUUGUAGUUCCUUUUAAGGAAUGUUGCACUUGCUCUUCUAAAUUUCCUUGAGGGCUUUCCUUCUGUAAUUCCUGAUCUGCAUAUGUGUGUGUAUAAUAUACAUGUUGUUAACCUUUUUUAAUAAAUAGCAUGUCCUAAUAAAGUUAAAAGCUCUGGCAGUAAAUCUGUCAUCAUGUUUUGUAUAAUUACUGUAUGUCUUAAGUUCUUUUCAUUUAUUAAAUAAGGAGUGGUUGACUCAA